ACUCCAUUUAUUCACUCCUUUCAAAUCCAAUCUUCAGUCACUAGUUACAACCUCUACAGUAUAAAGUCGAAUAAAUAUUCUAUUUUCAUUUUUGCGUUCAAACAGCGUUACCAUGGCUAAUUUCUCCGAGUUUCAACCGUUGAACGAGACCACACUCAUCGAAUACAUAAAAUCCAUCCCUUCACUUUCAUCCAAACUCGCCAACAAUUUCUCCGACAUAACCGUUAAAGAAGUCGGCGAUGGCAACCUCAAUUUCGUCUUCAUUGUUUCCAACUCCUCCGGUUCUCUCGUCAUCAAACAGGCUCUGCCGUAUGUUCGUUGCAUAGGAGAAUCAUGGCCGAUGACGAAAGAGAGAGCUUAUUUUGAGUCGUUGGCGUUGAAAGAGGAGGGUAAACUGUGUCCGGAACAUGUGCCGGAAGUUUAUCAUUUUGAUCGUGUUAUGUCUUUGAUUGGUAUGCGUUAUUUGGAGCCACCGCAUAUAAUUCUCAGAAAAGGGUUGAUUGCUGGUGUUGAGUACCCUUUGUUAUCUCAACACAUUUCUGAUUUCAUGGCAAAUACACUCUUCUUUACUUCUCUGCUUUUCCGUUCUACUACUGAGCAUAAACGGGACGUUGCUGAAUUUUGCGGGAAUGUGGAGUUAUGCAGGCUCACCGAGCAGGUUGUUUUUUCUGACCCAUAUAAAGUUUCUGAAUAUAAUCGCUGGACUUCCCCUGAUCUUGAUCGUGAUGCUGAGGCUGUUCGGGAAGACAAUCUACUGAAGCUUGAAGUUGCUGAGCUGAAAGCAAAGUUCUGUGAGAGGGCUCAGGCACUAAUACAUGGAGAUCUACACACUGGUUCAGUGAUGGUUACUCCUGAAUCAACUCAAGUUAUUGAUCCGGAAUUUGGGUUUUAUGGACCAAUGGGUUUUGACAUUGGAGCAUACCUGGGAAACUUAAUUCUGGCUUACUUUUCUCAAGACGGACAUGCUGAUCAAGCAAACGAUCGAAAAGGAUAUAAGGAAUGGAUUCUUAAGUCAAUUGAAGACACUUGGAAUCUUUUCCACGAUAAAUUCACUGGACUUUGGGAAAAGCAUAGAAAUGGUGCUGGCGAGGCUUAUCUUCCAGCAAUCUAUAACAAUCCUGAGGUUCAGCUGCUUGUACAGAAGAAAUACAUGACAGAUUUGUUUCAUGACAGUCUUGGAUUUGGUGCUGCCAAAAUGAUAAGGAGAAUUGUUGGCGUGGCACACAUUGAGGAUCUUGAAUCUAUUGCUGAUGCUGGUAAACGAGCAACCUGUGAACGGCGGGCACUUAAUUUAGCUAAGAUGAUUCUCAAAGAAAGAAGAAAAUUCGAGAGCAUUUCUGAAAUUGUCUCCGCAAUUCAGCAAUUUUAGGUGUGACAAGGUUUUGCUAUAUCAACACCUUUACCAUCAUCAGUUAUCUGCUUUCCGGUAUAGCAUUCUUAGAUUUUGAUCAAUGAGUACUACUUGUUAUUUGUUUCCGUGUCAAGUUAUGUAUAGUGAAUAAAUUUUCCAGUUUCUUCUCCAUGGGAGGCUGGGAAAUUGUACUGGUAGCAUAACACUUUCUACGUUGUGUACACAUGAAAUGUAUUGUUCAGGAAUUUUGUGUGAUUAUCUAAGGUUCCAUUCGAAGUUCUUUUAA